AUGGAUGAUGAAAUUUAUGAAAUUGUCGAUUUUCAUGCGAAUGAACGACUCGAUCUUUUAAAGGAAAGUUGUCGAUUUCGUCGUGAAGUUUUCUGCGAUGAGUUAAAAAUAGCUGAAAAUCCAGAAAUUGACGAUUCUGAAUGCUUCCAUAUCGUCGCUCUUCGUAAAUCUGCUCAGUCUUCUCAAGCGGUUGCUGUGUGUCGUUUACAUUGCCUUCCGCCAUUUAUAAAACUCGACCAGUUCGCUGUAUCAAAGGUUUAUCGUGGUCAGCGAUUAGGCGAAAGCCUACUUGCUCGUGCAGUUCACAUAUGUGAACGAAAUUUCCCUCAGUAUAUACUUGUUAUCUUCUCAAAUGCACUUGCUUCGGAAUUUUUUCGAAAAUAUGGAUUCAUUUGUGUAAAGGACAGUUUUGUGUUCAAUGGUGAAUUACAUCAGGAAGGCUGUAAACCGCGAUUGUCUUUCAUGCAAUUUUCAUUAAAUAAAAAUGUUAUUGGUUAUUCAUUAAUUCGAAUUUAUCGAGAAUGUGCUUUUGCUGUGAACCAGGGAAAUUUUAAACGAAGCGUUGAAUUAGAAAAAUUCGGCUUAACUAUUGCUUGGGAAAAACUAAAUACUGGUCAUUAUGCAAAAGUAGACGAUGCAUGGCGAGAACUAUAUUCAACAUUUUCAGCAUGUAAAGCUGUGCGGCUUGCUUAUGCAGGCAAUCAUAAGGAUGCUCUAAAAGCUUGUGAUAUGGGCUUAAUAAUGGGUGGCGAUAUUGAUGGUUUCUCGUUAUCGUAUUAUGCUCAUUAUUUACAUUCGCUUCUUCCUUUACCGAUUGCAAACAAAAUUUUGCAAGUAUAUAUUUUUAUUCCAAGAUCUUUGGAGAAUUCUCGAUCAAUUAAAAAAUUAGAGCGACCAUCUUUGGAAGAGUUUUGCCGCUUAAUUGCUAAAGGUGAACCUGUAAUAUUCACUGGUCUUGUAUCAGAAUGGCCUGCUUAUUCAAAAUGGAACUUUCAGUAUUUAUGUGAUUUAAUCGGACAUCGAACUGUUCCUAUAGAAAUCGGUAGCAGUUACGCUGAUGAUGACUGGUCGCAGAUUUUAAUGACAUUCACAGAAUUUUUUAAUGAAUUUCUGGUGCAGAAAAGUGAUCGCGGUAUGGGUUACCUCGCUCAGCACCGAUUAUUCGAUCAAAUCCCUCAGUUGCUGGAUGAUAUCAUUAUUCCUGAUUAUUGCGCUUUUGGUGAAGGUGGAAUCGAUAAGACUGAUUUGAAUAUUUGGAUUGGACCAGCGGAUACUGUAUCUCCGUUGCAUACUGAUCCGAAAAGCAAUAUUUUUUGUCAGAUAUCUGGUCGGAAAUUUUUACGGUUAAUUCCUUAUUGUCAAACGCAUCUUGUUUAUCCUAACAAAGAUGGUUUUCUGAGAAAUACAAGUCAGGUUGAUGCUGGAAAUCCUGAUCUUUUAUCAUUUCCACUUUUUGGUAUGACCAAUGUUUAUGACUGUAUAUUAGCACCAGGAGAUUGUUUAUAUAUUCCACAGGCUUUUUGGCAUUAUGUACGCUCACUUGACCCGAGUAUAUCCGUUUCUUGCUGGUUUAAGAUAGAUAAUAAGUAA